GCGGGGCUGGCGGCACUGGGAGGCGGGUGCGACGCGCGCGGGUCGGUUAAACCGGCGCGGCGGCGUUAGGAGCGGGUGAUUGCGGUGCUCGUUCGCCUUCCUGCGCCGGUUCCCUGCGUGCCGCUUCGCCACAGCCGCUCCUGCUCCGAGCUCGCGGAACGGCAACCAUGAGUGACCGAAAGGCAGUGAUCAAGAACGCGGACAUGUCGGAGGAGAUGCAGCAGGACUCUGUGGAGUGCGCUACGCAGGCCUUGGAGAAAUACAACAUCGAGAAGGACAUUGCGGCGCACAUCAAGAAGGAAUUUGACAAGAAAUACAACCCUACUUGGCACUGCAUCGUGGGAAGGAACUUUGGCAGCUACGUGACUCAUGAGACCAAACACUUCAUCUACUUCUACCUCGGCCAAGUUGCUAUUCUUCUCUUCAAAUCUGGUUAGAACCACGGACUCUCUCUGACACUGCAUCUGGCUGCAGGACUGCUGGCUCCUGUGCCCGGUUCCUUCAGCCUUCCCGAGGACGCAGACCUUGAUCUUCAAGGGCAAUGGCAGGGAUCAUGAUAUAGCAGAAGGUGUUACGCUGUGGAUAUGAAAAUGAAAAAUACCAAAAAAAAGUCUUCCUUAUAUUUA